CGCUGGCCCCCAGCGCUCAGCUCCCUCCACCGCCGCCGCCGGGACGAUGGAAGCGACGGUGGCGCCCGGCGAGGUGCUCAUGAGCCAGGCCAUCCAGCCGGCGCACGCCGACUCCCGCGGGGAGCUGAGCGCCGGGCAGCUGCUCAAGUGGAUGGACACCACCGCCUGCCUGGCGGCUGAAAAACAUGCCGGGAUCUCGUGCGUCACAGCCUCCAUGGAUGACAUUCUGUUUGAGGACACAGCUAGAAUUGGACAAAUUAUUACCAUCCGAGCAAAAGUGACUCGAGCGUUCAGCACGAGCAUGGAGAUCAGUAUCAAGGUCAUAGUACAGGACAAGUUCACCGGCGCUGAGAAGCUCCUCUGUGUGGCUUUCUCUACGUUUGUGGCUAAACCAGUUGGAAAAGAAAAGGUCCAUUUAAAACCGGUCCCGCUUCAGACGGAGCAAGACCAAGUACAGCACAGUCUGGCGUCGGAGAGAAGGAGAGUUCGCCUACAGCAUGAGAAUACCUUCAACAACAUCAUGAAGGAAAGCGGCAGGUUCGAUGACCCCGUUUACAACGGUGAAGAAGGGACGGCUACCACCACGGGCACCUCCGUUCAGAGCAUUGAGCUUGUCCUGCCAACCCACGCAAACCAUCAUGGAAACACGUUUGGCGGGCAGAUUAUGGCAUGGAUGGAGACGGUGGCAACCAUUUCUGCAAGCCGCCUGUGCCAUGGGCACCCCUUUCUGAAGUCUGUGGACAUGUUUAAAUUCCGGGGACCAUCCACAGUUGGGGACCGCCUCGUCUUCAAUGCCAUAGUCAACAACACGUUUCAGAACAGUGUGGAAGUUGGAGUGCGUGUUGAGGCCUUUGACUGUCAGGAGUGGGCUGAGGGCCGAGGCCGCCACAUCAACAGCGCUUUUCUCAUUUACAAUGCUGUUGAUGAUCAGGAGGAGGUCAUCAUCUUCCCCAGAAUCCAACCCAUAUCAAAGGAUGAUGUUCGACGUUAUCAGGGAGCUAUUGCAAGAAGAAGAAUUCGCCUAGGCAGGAAAUAUGUUAUUUCCCACAAAAAAGAAGUUCCACUCAACACACAAUGGGAUAUAAGCAAAAAGGGAUCCCUAAGUAAUGCCAAUGUGGAAGCUCUCAAAAAUUUGGCAUCCAAAAGCGGUUGGGAGAUUACCACCACCUUGGAGAAGAUCAAAAUAUAUACCCUGGAAGAACAAGAUGCCAUAUCUGUUAAGGUUGAAAAGCGUGUUGGCAGUCCAGCACACACGGCUUAUCAUCUCUUGUCCGACUUCACAACGCGACCUUUGUGGGACCCCCAUUACAUAUCCUGUGAAGUCAUAGACCAGGUGAGUGAGGAUGAUCUGAUAUAUCACAUCACCUGUUCUGUGGUAAAUGGAGACAAACCCAAAGACUUCGUCGUACUUGUGUCACGGAGAAAGCCUCUCCAAGAUGACAACACUUACGCUGUAGCAGUGAAGUCUGUUUCCCUGUCGUCCGUCCCGCCAUACCCACAGUACAUCAGAAGCGAGGUCAUAUGUGCUGGGUUCCUCAUCCAGGCUGUGGACAGCAGUUCAUGCACUGUAUCGUACCUGAAUCAGAUGUCAGACAGCAUCCUCCCUUACUUUGCUGGCAAUAUUGGUGGCUGGUCAAAAUCCAUUGAGGAAGCUGCAGCCGCUUGCAUAAAAUUCAUAGAGAAUGCUGCUCAUGAUGGACUUAAAAGUGUGUUAUAAAUGGUCAGUUCUCAAUUACCUGUAAUUUAAUUUCCCAGGCUUAAUUCCAAGUGUCCUUAGCCCUUUCACUCGGCAAGCUUUGGGGCCAUACAAUGAUUUAAUGGCAGCCUAAGCAAGGUGCAGUUAAGAAGAUAUUAAAAACCAGCGUGUGUUCUGGUGAUUUGGAUUCAAACUACAAGACCUCUAAAACCCCAUUGUACAGACAUUGGGAAACUGCCUGGAUGCAAUAUUGUCACAAAGUUAGUGAAAACUCUCACGGACAUCUCCAGAUUACAGACGUUCAACGUGUAUUCUGCGAUGACAAGUUUAUAAAAUGUGAAACGAUGGCUUUAAGGCUUUAAGCUGAUGGGUGUUUAAUAUUGUUCCAUGGGCAGCAGAUGUCUCUGUCAGGGGUCUCUGAGAAGAUGUAUUCCAUGUUUUAGA